CCGCAGGUUGAGAGCCGCCCGCGGUCCCCGGCCGCCGCCGACCCAGCCCGACUCCGAAGUUGUGCAACUGUGGACUCGGGAGACGUGUGGACCCUCCUUUCUCUGCGCUCCGCUGUCGCCCCGCUGGGGUGUGGGAAGCGAGGAAGCCUAAGCGGAGCCGGGCGCUGGGGCUUUUUCCCGCCCCUUCCCUUCUCCAUGGCUGUGUAGCCGAAGACAGGGAGAGAGACUUUCUGUUGCUGUUUGCUGGACUGGGGUCUCCACCCUCCCGCCGCCCUCUGCACUUCGUCCUCCGUCCCCGCCGCGGGUGGCGGGGACCCGCGCUGCCCCGUGCUCCAUGGCCGGAUUGGAAACUGCGCCCCGCUGCAGGUUGUUGAGGAGCUGAUGGGACGAGCUCGGGACCGGCGGUGGCGAAAGACAUGCAUAAUUCGAUAAAUCAGAGGGAAAAAACAUGGAUAUUUAGCAAUUAAAGAACAAAUUAAGGUUACAGAUUUGGGAUAUUGGUGUUUCCGUUUUUGAGGAUAUUUCCUUUAUUAUUUUGAGUCUUUUUUUUUUUUUUUAAAUCAUCUGUCUUGGAACACAGAGGAGGAACCGGAAGUACACUUCGUUUCACGUGUGAAACACUCAUUUCUGAGAAACUCUUACAACAACUGCACAGCCAUGUGGCCAUUAGAGCUCCUGAUCUUCACGACGCUCUUAGCACCGAUAAUUCAUGGUGGCAGGCACAGUGAGCGACAUCCAGGCCUUGGUGCUCCACUGCGACACGCUGAGCGUAGCCCAGGAGGCGCUCUGCCACCCAGACAUCUCCUUCAGCAGCCGGCCGCCGAGCGCAUCACUGCCCACCGUGGACCAGGGCCCCGUGCAGCUGCCAGAGGAGUUCGCGGUCCAGGUGCCCAAGGAGCACAGAUUGCAGCGCAAGCUUUCAGCCGCGCCCCGAUCCCCAUGGCUGUGGUUCGCAGGGAGCUCUCCUGUGAGAGCUACCCCAUCGAGCUCCGCUGUCCAGGGACCGAUGUCAUCAUGAUCGAAAGUGCCAACUACGGGAGGACCGACGACAAGAUCUGUGACUCUGACCCAGCUCAGAUGGAGAAUAUCCGAUGUUACCUGCCCGAUGCCUAUAAGAUUAUGUCUCAGAGAUGCAAUAACAGAACCCAGUGUGCAGUGGUGGCGGGUCCUGAUGUUUUUCCAGACCCAUGUCCAGGAACCUAUAAAUACCUUGAAGUGCAGUAUGAAUGUGUCCCUUACAAAGUGGAACAAAAAGUUUUUCUUUGUCCCGGACUACUCAAAGGAGUGUACCAGAGCGAACAUUUAUUUGAGUCUGACCACCAGUCCGGGGCGUGGUGCAAAGACCCUCUGCAGGCCUCUGACAAGAUUUACUACAUGCCCUGGACUCCCUAUCGAACCGAUACCCUGACUGAGUAUUCAUCCAAAGAUGAUUUCAUUGCUGGAAGGCCGACGACCACCUACAAGCUCCCCCAUAGAGUCGACGGCACAGGAUUUGUAGUAUACGAUGGAGCCUUGUUCUUCAACAAGGAGCGCACCAGGAACAUAGUCAAGUUCGAUCUGCGGACUAGAAUAAAGAGUGGAGAAGCAAUCAUAGCGAAUGCCAAUUACCAUGAUACUUCCCCUUACCGAUGGGGAGGAAAAUCUGACAUAGACCUGGCAGUGGAUGAAAAUGGGCUGUGGGUAAUCUAUGCAACAGAACAAAACAAUGGGAAAAUUGUCAUUAGUCAAUUGAACCCUUACACCCUACGGAUUGAAGGGACGUGGGAUACUGCGUAUGAUAAAAGGUCAGCUUCCAAUGCGUUUAUGAUUUGUGGGAUUCUGUAUGUGGUCAAAUCUGUGUAUGAGGAUGAUGACAAUGAGGCUACUGGGAAUAAGAUUGACUACAUUUACAACACCGACCAAAGCAAGGAUAGCUUGGUGGAUGUACCCUUCCCCAAUUCAUACCAGUACAUAGCAGCUGUGGAUUACAAUCCCAGGGACAACUUGCUUUAUGUGUGGAAUAACUAUCAUGUCGUGAAAUAUUCUUUGGAUUUUGGACCUCUGGAUAGUAGAUCUGGGCAGGCCCAUCACGGACAAGUGUCGUAUAUCUCUCCACCAAUUCACCUUGACUCUGAGCUAGAAAGACCGCCUGUGAGAGGAGUUUCUACCACAGGACCUCUUGGCAUGGGAAGCACGACCACCAGCACCACCCUCCGGACCACGACGUGGGGCGCCGGCAGGAGCACCACCCCCUCGGUGUCCGGAAGAAGAAACCGGAGUACCAGCACCCCGUCACCAGCUGUGGAGGUUUUGGGCGACAUCACCACACACCUCCCAUCCGCAGCGUCCCAGAUUCCCGCAAUGGAAGAGAGCUGCGAAGCUGUGGAAGCUCGAGAAAUCAUGUGGUUUAAGACCCGGCAAGGACAAGUAGCAAAACAGCCAUGCCCUGCAGGGACUAUAGGUGUAUCAACUUACCUAUGCCUCGCUCCUGAUGGAAUCUGGGACCCCCAAGGACCAGAUCUCAGCAACUGCUCUUCGCCGUGGGUUAAUCACAUAACACAGAAGUUAAAAUCUGGAGAGACGGCAGCCAACAUCGCUAGAGAGCUGGCCGAGCAGACCAGAAACCAUCUGAAUGCUGGGGACAUCACCUACUCAGUCCGAGCCAUGGACCAGCUCGUGGGGCUCCUGGAUGUGCAGCUCAGGAACCUGACCCCGGGUGGAAAAGACAGCGCAGCUCGCAGUUUGAACAAGCUUCAGAAAAGAGAGCGCUCUUGCAGAGCCUAUGUCCAGGCAAUGGUGGAGACGGUUAACAACCUCCUUCAGCCGCAAGCCUUGAACGCGUGGAGAGACCUGACUACAAGCGAUCAGCUCCGGGCCGCCACCAUGUUACUGCACACUGUGGAGGAGAGCGCUUUCGUGCUGGCCGACAACCUCCUGAAGACUGACAUCGUGCGGGAGAACACGGACAAUAUCCAAUUAGAAGUUGCGAGGCUGAGCACAGAGGGAAACUUAGAAGACCUAAAAUUUCCCGAAAACACGGCCCGUGGAAGCACUAUCCAGCUCUCUGCAAACACUCUAAAGCAAAAUGGUCGAAAUGGAGAGAUCAGAGUGGCCUUUGUUCUGUACAACAACCUGGGUCCUUAUUUAUCUACGGAGAAUGCCAGUAUGAAGUUGGGAACAGAAGCAAUGUCCACAAAUCAUUCUGUUAUUGUCAAUUCACCUGUGAUAACAGCAGCAAUUAACAAAGAAUUCAGUAAUAAGGUUUAUUUGGCUGAUCCUGUGGUAUUCACUGUUAAACAUAUCAAGCAGUCAGAGGAAAAUUUCAACCCUAACUGUUCAUUUUGGAGCUAUUCCAAGCGCACCAUGACAGGCUAUUGGUCAACACAAGGCUGCCGCCUCCUGACAACCAACAAGACGCACACUACUUGCUCUUGUAACCACCUGACCAAUUUUGCGGUACUGAUGGCACAUGUGGAAGUCAAGCACAGCGACGCAGUCCACGACCUUCUCCUGGAUGUGAUCACGUGGGUUGGAAUUUUGCUGUCGCUUGUUUGUCUCCUGAUUUGCAUCUUCACGUUUUGCUUUUUCCGCGGGCUCCAGAGUGACCGGAACACCAUACACAAGAACCUCUGCAUCAGCCUCUUUGUAGCCGAGCUGCUCUUCCUGAUCGGAAUAAACCGAACCGACCAACCCAUUGCCUGUGCUGUGUUUGCAGCCCUCUUGCAUUUCUUCUUCCUGGCUGCCUUCACGUGGAUGUUCCUGGAGGGCGUGCAGCUCUACAUCAUGCUGGUGGAGGUGUUUGAGAGCGAACACUCGCGCAGGAAGUAUUUUUAUCUGGUGGGCUACGGGAUGCCUGCACUCAUCGUGGCCGUGUCAGCCGCAGUGGACUACAGGAGUUACGGAACUGACAAAGUAUGUUGGCUCCGACUUGACACCUACUUCAUUUGGAGUUUUAUAGGACCAGCGACCUUGAUAAUUAUGCUUAAUGUAAUCUUCCUGGGAAUUGCUUUAUAUAAAAUGUUCCAUCACACUGCCAUACUGAAACCUGAAUCAGGCUGUCUUGAUAAUAUCAACUAUGAGGAUAACAGACCCUUCAUCAAGUCAUGGGUUAUAGGUGCAAUAGCUCUUCUCUGCUUGUUAGGAUUGACCUGGGCCUUUGGACUCAUGUAUAUUAAUGAAAGCACAGUCAUCAUGGCGUAUCUCUUCACCAUUUUCAAUUCUCUGCAGGGGAUGUUUAUAUUCAUUUUCCAUUGUGUCCUACAGAAGAAGGUGCGGAAGGAGUAUGGGAAAUGCCUGCGUACGCACUGCUGUAGUGGAAAAAGUACAGAGAGUUCCAUUGGCUCAGGGAAAACAUCUGGUUCUCGAACUCCUGGACGCUACUCUACAGGCUCCCAGAGCCGAAUUCGUAGGAUGUGGAAUGACACAGUAAGAAAACAGUCAGAGUCAUCCUUUAUUACCGGAGAUAUAAACAGUUCAGCAUCACUCAACAGAGGGUCCUAUCUUCCCUGCAUUCAGGCGUGUGUAUCAUACUUAGAGCCCUACAGAGAGACAAAGGGGCUUCUGAACAAUGCCAGGGAUACAAGUGUCAUGGAUACUCUACCACUGAAUGGUAACCAUGGCAAUAGUUACAGCAUUGCCGGUGGCGAAUACCUGAGCAACUGUGUGCAAAUCAUAGACCGAGGCUAUAACCAUACCGAGACCGCCCUAGAGAAAAAGAUUCUGAAGGAACUCACGUCCAACUAUAUCCCGUCUUACCUGAACAACCACGAGCGCUCCAGCGAGCAGAACCGGAAUCUGAUGAACAAGCUGGUCAACAACCUGGGCGGAGGGAGCGAAGACGACAGCAUCGUCCUGGACGACGCCACGUCCUUCACCCACGAGGAGGGCCUGGGCCUGGAGCUCAUCCACGAGGAGUCGGACGCGCCCCUGCUGCCCCCGCGCGUGUACCCCACCGAGAACCACCAGCCACACCACUACUCCCGGCGGCGGCUCCCGCAGGACCACAGCGAGAGCUUCUUCCCCUUGCUGAGCAACGAGCACACAGAGGAACUGCCCUCGCCCCCCAGGGACCCGCUCUGCACCAGCCUGCCGGCCCUGGCCGGGGCGCCCUGCGCGGACGGGGUCCCCGCCUGCGCCCAGCCCGAGGCCCCCGCGGCCCGGGGCGCGGACGCCGAGGACGCAUACUACAAGAGCAUGCCCAACCUGGGCGCCCGCGCGCACGGCGCCCCGCUGCACGCCUACUACCCGCUGGGGCGCGGCAGCAGCGACGGUUUCAUCGCUCCCCCGGGCAAGGACGGCGCCUCCCCGGAGCGCGGCGCGCGGGGCCCUGCGCACCUGGUCACCAGCCUCUGAGGACGCGCACCUGGCCGCCAGCCUCUGAGGACGCGCACCUGGCCGCCAGCCUCUGAGGACGCGCACCUUGCCACCAGCCUCUAAGGACGCGCACCU